CUCACGAAAACAAGCUUCCAUCGAUGCCAGACACUGGACUACAGGAAUGGCUAUGCGGUUAUCCGACGUCCAGCCGUGGGGAUAGGCGGGGACCAGCUCCAGUCUCACCAGCCAUCCCAGGCUGAGCUGGAUGAAAUGGCCAACAAAGCACCAGUCCUAACUUAUGGCCAACCAAAGCAUCCCCCGCCUCCAGACUUUAUUCCCGCACAUGUGGCUUUUGACAAAAAGGUUCUGAAAUUCGAGGCAUAUUUCCAAGAGGAAGUCCCCAUGUCAAUGGAGGAGCACUACAGAAUCCGCCAGGUGAAGAUUUACUACUACCUAGAAGAUGACAGCAUGUCUGUCAUGGAACCCAUCGUGGAGAAUUCUGGGAUCCCUCAGGGCAAGCUCAUCAAACGCCAGCGGCUGGCCAAGAACGACGUGGGAGACCACUACCACUGGAAGGACCUCAACCGAGGAAUCAACAUCACCAUUUAUGGCAAAACUUUCCGCCUCGUUGACUGUGACCGGUUCACGCAGGAUUUUUUGGAGAGUCAAGGAAUAGAAUUAAAUCCGCCAGAGAAGAUGGCUCUGGACCCUUACAUUGAACUCCGGAAACAGCCUCUGCGGAAGUACGUCACCCCUUCUGACUUUGAUCAGCUCAAACAGUUCCUAACCUUCGACAAACAGGUUCUUCGAUUCUAUGCCAUCUGGGAUGAUACCGACAGCAUGUUUGGUGAGUGUCGCACCUAUGUCAUUCACUACUAUCUCAUGGAUGACACCGUGGAGAUCCGAGAGGUGCAUGAGCGGAACGACGGGAGAGAUCCCUUCCCACUCCUGAUGAAUCGUCAACGCAUGCCCAAGGUGCUGGUGAAAGACGCAAAGAACUUCCCCCAGUGCGUGCUGGAGAUCUCUGAUCAAGAGGUGCUGGAGUGGUACACGGCCAAAGACUUCAUUGUCGGAAAGACACUCACCAUCCUUGGGAGAACUUUCUUCAUCUACGACUGUGACCCGUUCACUCGCCAGUACUACAAAGAGAAAUUUGGAAUCAUAGAUUUACCACGUAUUGACGUGAGCAAGAAAGAACCACCCCCUGUGAAGCAGGAAUUGCCUCCAUAUAAUGGCUACGGGCUAGUUGAAGAUUCCAUUCAGAAUUGCUUUGCUCUCAUUCCGAAGCCUCCCAGAAAAGACAUUGUUAAAAUGCUGAUAAAUGACAACAAAGUGCUCCGCUACCUGGCUGCCCUGGAAUCCCCCAUUGCAGAAGACAAAGAGCGCCGGUUCAUCUUCUCUUAUUUUCUGGCCACUGAUAUGAUUAGUAUCUUUGAGCCUCCUGUUCGAAAUUCUGGUAUCAUUGGGGGCAAGUACCUUGGCAGGACUCGAAUUAUUAAGCCCAACUCUACUGCGGACAGCCCCGUUUACUACAGCCCUAGUGACUUCUACAUCGGGGCGGUCAUCGAUGUGUUUGGGCACCGGUUCACCAUCCUGGACACAGACGAGUAUGUGCUGAAGUACAUGGAGAGCAACGCCGCCCAGUACACCCAGGAAGCCCUGGCGUCCAUCCAGAGCCACACACAGAAGCAGGAGGCCUCCGCACCCGUCGUGGAAAAUGAGCAAGCUAGAGCGGAAUUCAGCCCACAAGAAAUGGAAGCAUUAAUAGAAACACUCCAGAAGCAACUGAAAGACCACCCAGGCAAAGACAGCAUCUACGAAGAGUUUCACAAGCAUGACACGCAGCGCACAGGGUGUGUGGACAAAGAGCUGUUCUUCAAGAUCUGCAAGUCUUUGGACAUCCCGGUAGAUGACUACUUGGUCAAAGAGUUAAUCAAGAUGUGCUCUCACGGAGACAGCAAGAUUGACUACUGCAGCUUCAUUCGUAUUUUCUCAAAUUGAUGGGCUGGUGACGUACAGGCUUGCAACACUGACCUUCACUUGAAGCCCACCCUGCUUCCAAAGGCAUUUGCAGUGCUCUGGUUACAUAAACGUAUUUUUUG